UGGGGAUGCUACAAGUACACAUUCCUUCUGUGGGGCCGGAGGCUGCGGAGUCGGAGAGGAACCUGGAGAAAGGACAUAUGGUGUUCAGGGUGGAGGUCCUCUGCAACGGGAGAAAGCACACCAUUUAUCGGCGCUACAGUGAAUUCCAUGCCCUGCACAAGCAGAUUAAGAAGUCUUGCAAAGUGCCUGACUUUCCUCCCAAACGGGUACCUAACUGGAGGCACAAGGUUCUGGAGCAACGACGACAGGGGUUAGAGGCUUAUAUCCAGGGUGUCCUGUAUCUCAAUCAGGAAGUCCCCAAGGAAGUGCUGGAAUUCUUGAAGCUUCGACAUUUCCCUUCAGAUUCCAAAGCUAGCGACAUGGACUCACUGGGCAAGUUUCUGCCCAGCAACAGCAGUGCUCACCAACCCCACAGACCAGUCCUGAAAUUCCACAGGGAUCCCUACCUGCAAAGCCCUUCUCUAGAGCUGAUCCCUAACAUGGUGGUGAGCGGCGUGUUGCAGGGCCUCUACAGUUGCAGCAGAUGCCCCCGUGUGGCCCAGCCGAAGGACCCCUAUUUUGUACCCCCCCACGACAGCUGAGGCCUUAAACAGAGCAGAACUUCCCAUGGGUUCUGCUGCCCACCUGCCCGCCCUUCCCUGCUGGUCAAUUCUUACUAACACGAAGCUGGGCGCCCUCAUCCCUCCUGUUCUCCAAU